AUGAUCGUAUCCAUGUCCACCUUCGUUCAAACACCACCUGCAUUAAUAAUGUUAUACAGAGCGUCGCCUUCGGUGGUUGGGCAUAUUCUCAAUCGUCCACCACAAGAAUUGUCGCAUAUUUCGUUACUUGCUAGACCUUGUGAUGGCGUUAAAGAAAAGAAAAGCGAGAUGGGUCAAUCAAGACUGAUGCGGUCAAGAAAGAUUUUGAACGUAUAA